GCCGCCGGGCUCCGGGUACCCGAGUCCCCUCCCGGGCCCCCGGCUCCAGCCCGCGCCCUCCGCUUUCCCGGAUCGUCCGGCCCGGCGCCUUCCAGCGAUGGCCGGCCGCUGAGUCCUGGCUCGGCACGGCCACCUCAGCGCGCUCGGCAUGGCUGCGAGAGAGGAGCUGUACAGCAAAGUCACCCCGCGGAGGAACCGCCAGCAGCGCCCCGGCACCAUCAAGCACGGGUCGGCGCUGGACGUGCUACUCUCCAUGGGGUUCCCCCGAGCGCGCGCACAAAAAGCCUUGGCAUCCACAGGAGGAAGAAGUGUUCAGGCGGCGUGUGACUGGUUGUUCUCCCACGUCGGCGACCCCUUCCUGGAUGACCCCCUGCCCCGGGAAUAUGUCCUCUACCUCCGCCCCACCGGCCCCUUGGCACAGAAGCUGUCGGACUUUUGGCAGCAGUCGAAGCAGAUCUGCGGGAAGAACAAGGCACACAACAUCUUCCCCCACAUCACUCUCUGUCAGUUCUUUAUGUGUGAGGACAGCAAGGUGGACGCGCUGGGGGAGGCCCUGCAGACCACGGUCAGCCGCUGGAAGUGUAAGUUCUCCGCCCCGCUGCCCCUGGAGCUCUACACCUCCUCCAACUUCAUCGGUCUCUUCGUGAAGGAAGACAGCGCCGAGGUCCUCAAGAAAUUUGCUGCUGACUUUGCUGCGGAGGCCGCAUCCAAAACCGAAGUGCAUGUGGAACCUCACAAGAAGCAGCUGCACGUCACCCUGGCUUACCACUUCCAAGCCAGCCACCUACCCACCCUGGAGAAGCUAGCCCAGAACAUUGAUGUCAAACUCGGGUGCGACUGGGUGGCCACCAUAUUCUCUCGGGACAUCCGAUUUGCUAACCACGAGACUUUACAGGUGAUCUACCCCUACACCCCCCAGAAUGAUGACGAGCUGGAGCUGGUCCCAGGGGACUUCAUCUUCAUGUCUCCCAUGGAGCAGACCAGCACCAGCGAGGGCUGGCUCUAUGGCACCUCCUUAACCACUGGCUGCUCUGGACUCCUGCCCGAGAACUACAUUACCAAGGCUGACGAAUGCAGCACCUGGAUAUUCCAUGGUUCGUACUCCAUCUUAAAUACAACAUCAUCCAGCUCGCUCACCUUUGGGGACAGCGUAUUGGAAAGGCGGCAGUAUGAGGACCAGGGACUGGGGGAGACGGCAGCCCUCACCAUCAUCUGUCAGCCGAUGCAGCCUCUCAGAGUCAACAGCCAGCCUGGCCCCCAAAAGCGAUGCCUUUUUGUGUGUCGGCACGGAGAGAGGAUGGACGUUGUGUUUGGGAAGUACUGGCUGUCCCAGUGCUUUGACGCCAAAGGCCGCUACAUACGCACCAACCUGAACAUGCCUCACAGCUUACCUCAGCGGAGUGGUGGAUUCCGGGAUUAUGAGAAAGACGCUCCAAUCACUGUGUUUGGAUGCAUGCAAGCGAGACUAGUGGGUGAGGCAUUGCUGGAGAGCAACACCAUUAUUGAUCACGUCUAUUGCUCCCCAUCUCUGCGCUGUGUCCAGACUGCACACAAUAUCUUAAAAGGUUUACAACAAGAAAAUCUCCUUAAGAUUCGUGUAGAGCCAGGCUUGUUUGAGUGGACCAAGUGGGUUGCCGGGAACUCCUUACCAGCGUGGAUACCGCCAUCAGAGUUAGCUGCCGCCAACCUGAGUGUGGAUACAACCUACAGACCUCACAUUCCAGUCAGCAAAUUAGUGGUUUCAGAAUCCUAUGACACUUACAUCAGUAGAAGUUUCCAAGUAACAAAAGAAAUAAUAAGCGAAUGUAAAAGUAAAGGAAAUAAUAUUCUGAUUGUGGCCCAUGCAUCUUCCCUCGAAGCGUGCACCUGCCAGCUUCAAGGCCUGUCACCUCAGAACUCCAAGGACUUUGUACAAAUGGUCCGCAAGAUCCCAUACCUGGGCUUCUGCUCCUGUGAAGAAUUAGGAGAAACUGGAAUAUGGCAGCUGACAGACCCACCCAUCCUUCCUCUGACCCAUGGACCAACUGGGGGCUUCAACUGGAGAGAGACCUUGCUACAAGAAUAAACUACACGCGUGCAUUGAGAGAAGAGGCCUUUGGAAGACGUGUGGUCUUGUGUCUUUAGUAACAAUGGAAAACUCCACACUGCAUUCUAGGCGAACAGCUCAGAGUGAUUUAGCUUAUUUCCUUUCAUGCUUAAGGUUCCUAGGAUGAGGCUGUGCAAUUGCGAGAAAGACUUGAUUCAGGGAAACAGAACGCAUGCUCUCUGGACUCUUGCCUGGCUACCAAGGCUUUGGAGAGCUGUCCGCCUGCACUGGGGCUCCUGCUGCAGCAGGGCGUGUCGUCCUGCUUCUGUCUCUGCAUGGAGUAGGAGCCUCACUGCCCCCACAGGGAGCUGGCGGCCCACUCUGUGGAGGGAAGCAAGGGGAGGGAGAGCAUCCGAAUCCAGCCGGGGGAACACUGAGGUGCACUUAGGGGACAGGAUUUUCAUUUGAACUCUAGUUUCCAGUUAGGCAAAGCCAAGCUGAGGAAUGCUCUUAAGGUAAUUAGCACCCACCCCCUGCAGAGCAUCAUCCUUCGGUUGCAAAUUCAAGUUCUACCCUCAGUAGACCCCAUAGAGCAGUUUUGCUGGCUCAAAACACCUGCUUGAUGAGGCUCAUGUUUACCCUGGUGCCACCACAUCUCCUCCAGAGCAGCUGGCACUUCUUGCUACUGGCCUUUCCCACUUGCUUCUGUCUGUGAAAUGGAGACAAAGCAUUUGUGCUCUCCAAGGUACUUUGGACCCUCAGGAGGAAGAUAAAAUAAAGGUGUGAAGUAUGCAAUGGUAGGUGCAGAGAACUUACGAAAUAUGAAGGGACUUGGAAUGACCUCCAUUGUAGCCUAAUCAGCUACAGCAUCUCUAAAAUCACCAAGAUUUGCGUAUCCGCACCCCUAGAUGUAGACUAUGUUACCUAGUUUAAGGAUGCUGACAUUUGGAAAAAAUGGGUGUUUGAAGAUGAAUUUGGGUAAGCAAGAGGCUCAUUCUGUGCAAUAUGGACAUCGUUACCAACCUCAUGUAGACUUACAGUACCUGUCCACCUUAACAGGAUGUCGACAGGUGCAUCAGUUGUACCAGAGAUGGAUAAUAAAGUCAGGGAACUGAUGUAAAUGAUGACAGGCAUGACUGCGCUGGCUACCUGUGCUGUCGUCUUUGGUUUUCUAUUAGUAAUUUAAAACAUAUAGAUAGGGCCCAUUGAGGCAAGUUGGAGAUCCACAUCAUGUGGUUUCUCAAUACAUCUGCUUCCUGCACUGAGAGGGAGUUCAUAUAAAAGAAAAAUACAUGACAAUCAAGCCAAAAGAUCAGUCCUCAACGUCUAUUUAGUUACGUUCACUAGCCGGCUAUUGAUAGCCACCGACAAGGGUCUGCAAUGGUUUAGUUCACUGUGUAGAGUAUGUGUGCAAAGUGAAAUCCCAGCCAUGAAAAGGGAGCAUUAGUUAGCGUAAAGCAAAUCUAUAUAUGUGUAGCAACACUGAAUAAGUUUCAAAACCCAGACACAUAAAACAUAAGAUCUAUAAAAAUAGAUCCAUGCUUGUAUCUAAAACUGGAAUUUGAGAUGCCUGGAAAAAAAGAGGAAGUAAAACGAUGCUGGCUGUAUGUUAAUCAGCAAAAGAAAUACAGCCUUAUUUCCUGAAAGUCACUUGGAGAAAUAUGAGGGUACUUCAAAAAGUUCAUGGAAAAUGGAGUUAAAAGAUAAGUUGAUUUGGUGCAAAAAUUUUUUGAAAUCCAUGUGUAUGAGGAAUCUUCAAAAUGCUCAUGGAAGUGCAUAUAAUUAAAAAAAAAACAUGGAUUUAAUUAAUUCCAUUUUUUCCACAGUCUUUUUGAAGUACCCUUGUAGGUGUUGAAUUUUACAUUUUAAGAAACCAAUCGCAAUUUCUUCUAGCACUGCAUAAACACUGAUCCAGCUUCUGUGUGCAGAGUGCUGAGGUGCUAAUAUGUGCAUUGCUGUUUUCACCUUAAUAUGGGGUGGGAGAGGAGGAAUGGGGGAAAGUGCCACGGUGAAGCUCUUGAAGGUCACGUUGGAUGGGUGUGUAAUCAGCACACUCUAAGGCUUACUGGGCUCACCAGGAACCGUAGUGGUCUCUGCGUGCUACCAAAGAAAUGCUUGAACGCAUCACAUCCGCUUUCCUUAAAACAGUAGCAGUGUGUUCUGGGCAGUGUGUGCACCCACAUAAAAUAGGGUGUCCUCCCCAUCUCCCUCACUGUCUCGGCCCAGCAAUGACCUGGUGCAUCAGCCUCAGCCUAGUGUAGGCACAGCAUGAGGCAGUGGUCUGUAUGAACUAAAGGAGGCAGAGAUCUGAAAUAAUCUGGAUAACUCAGGUGGAAAAUCCUGAGUACAAGAAAGAAUUUAUUCCUCUACUUUAUUUACUCAAAGUGCUUAUCAAAAUGGCCCGGAUGGUACACAUCCACACUAAAUUCUCAUUGCCUAUUAAAAAAAAAAACUGGACUCCAACUGAGAAAAUCCUUGGGAAAUCAUGUAUAGUAAAAUCUACAGCUGUAUUACCCGAUUGCGCGUUCAUCCAAAAAUUCUACGUUGGAGUUAAAUCUGAAGCUGAAGCUGUUUCUGUUUGAGCUACUGGGGGAAGAAGUGAGGAAGGAAAGGAAAGCAAACAAAUGCCAGAUAAAAAGAAUCAAAUGGGUUUUUUUGUACAGAGGAAUUUUUCUCCAGAGGUAAAAAGUUAUUUACAAUACCAGGUGAAAUGAAAUUAACUAAAGGAUUUAAUCUGGGAUUGAAAGUCUGGACCUGGUUCCUGCUCCUGCAGGUGUGCCGCAGCAAGCCGCUAAAGCCCCGGUAUUAUUCAUAGAUGGAGCUUUGUUUUCUGUGAUUUUAAAAUGCGGUAUGGAUUCCUCCACGGAGGAGAAUAAUUGGCACAUUUUAAUGCACACACUCGGGGUUUCAUUUUCCCAGGCUCUCGUCACCAUCUCUGCAUUGGUAGUGAGGGGCCUGCUGCUUCACCCGGGAAUGGAGUUCAGUUACAGUGUUUCCCAUUACAUUUAGAUUCAUAGAAUCUGAACGGCUGAUUAAAUGGCCAUCUGAUGGCUGACUGACGGAGGGGGGCUAUUUUUCACCCUGUCCUGAAAGGCUUGGGAGGAGUUUCUAUUUUUUAUUUUAAUUAUACUUUAACCAAAGAAUUAUUUUAAAGUAACCUUAUAUUUGAAAGAUGAUUUUGCAAAAUGAAUAAAUCAAUAAAUCAAUCUUCUGGAGUGACAUCAGUUUGGUGACUCAUUGUUGAUCAUGUCCUUGUUAGUGGUAGUUGGACCCCAUGGAGGUUGUCUUCCCAUUGUGCAUGACAUCACCAUACAUGUAUCCUUUCCACUCAAGUAGCUGUAUUCAUAUUAAAAUGAAGCCUCUCAUUUCAAUUACCCACUGGGAACUAACUGAGCAGCUACAGGAAGAGAAGACCCUAUCUCAUGGCCUUUCUUGAAAAGCUUCCCAGGGUGGCAGAGGGAGGCACUCCCUAACCCAGGCACCCCGCGAAGCUGGUGUUUAAAAGCAGUGAUGAAUUGCUCUUUUGAAUGCACUCUAAGUAAAGCCCGUGUUAGAAUACAGAUGAACCUCCCUUCAAUUUUCACAGGGACCAGCACAGUCCACUGUACUGAAUCGGCACGAAUUUAGAUAAUGAGGUACAGGGUUAUUUGCAUUUAAAUUGUAAUCCAGCACACGUGUGAGAAAGCAGAGGCGCUAGGCUAACGAGGCGGCCUCGAGGAGGGAUGGGACUGGAGGAGGAAGAGGGUGGGGCAGAGAGGGAUUUCGCAUCUAUUUAGGUUAAUGUUCGCUUUGCAAAGGCGAUGGGAGACAUUUUGUUAGGUGAUGGUGGAUGCUUUUCCUUUUUAAACAUAGGAUUACAAUUGGAUUUGCUUCUCUUUAAUUCUUCAACAUACUGAAUUUCCCUAAGAAAAUGACAGCUAUAAUGAAAAUUCCAGGGGAGCGGGGAAAAGAUUGCUUCUAAAUGAAGAGGAAAUAUCUUGGUUUUUAAGUACAUGUAAUUCUAGGUUUGUUGUAUGUAGGUUUAAAAUUAUAGUGAUGAGUAGUCAAACUUAAUAGACAAUCAGUUCUUACAAACAUUUUACAUGGUACCACUUAGCUGCCAUUAUCCGCACAAAAAAUCAGAAUUUUGCAGCUGUUCAGCUGUCCGUGGACUUGUGCAGACUGCGUAUGAAAUGUCUAAUGGGAAACGUGCAAGGUUCUUUCUUUGACUGCCGCUCAAGAUGGAAACAGAAUCCCAAAGCAUUUUGGUUAUGCAUAGAACCAUUUUAAACCCGCCGUUUGGGAGAGUCAUGUUGGUUUCUUUUUCAUUUAUAAAGCUAUUGUAUGAUUUUUUUUCUAUGUGAUUCAGGUGUAUUUAUUUGAAAACAGGUUUGUAACUAUAAAAAAGAAAACCACACCUACCUGUAUUGCCAAACUCCUUGUAAAUGUGUGCCCUCCUGGACGAGACCUCUCCCCUCUUGAUACAGCUAUGGCACCAUUGUAAUUAGUUCAUUCCAUUCCAGGAGCACCUCCGUUUAAAUGGCUCAUGGAUGAUUUAAUAAAGAGAAACCGUGUCCUCAGUCAA